CCUAUAAAGCAUACAGCAUCUGCGAUUCACGGUGCCCACGGAAAUCCGAAGGCGGAAUAGAAGCCAGAGGAGGAAAUCACGACGGUGAGAAAGGGGGAGGCCGGGAGAGGUUGGGAUCGUUAGGGUUUGAGGGGAGGGGGAGGGGAAGGGGAAGAGGAAGGCAUGGCGAACCAGGGAGCCAAGAAGAGGAAGGAGGAGAACAGGAAGCACAUGGCCAUGCUCCUUCGCGUCAUCAUCGCCUCCAACGUUAUAUAUGUCUUGGUGAGAAUGCUUAUAUUUUAUUCAACUUUCACUUGGAAGCAUUGGGUUGGUCUACUCAUAACAUCAGUUGCCUAUGGAGUUUCAUAUCAACAACUUGCUAAUAUGGCAAAGCCAACAUACUCUAAUGAUGGUGAACUCCUAGAUGGUGGGUAUGACAUGACCACUGGUGGAGUCUGUGGAUAUCUGCAUGAUGUGAUCUACAUAACAAGUUUUGUACAACUGACGUCCAUUAUCUCUGGUAAAUUUUGGUGGACUUAUUUAGUGAUACCUGCAUUUGGUGCAUACAAGGUUUCUGGUUUAUUAAAAGGAAUUUUUGGAGGUUCGGAGGUGGGUGUGGAGGAUGAGAAGAGCCGGAAGAAAAGGGAAAAGAUGGAGAAGAAGGCUUCCAGAAGCAAAAUUAUUAGAACAAGGAAUAGGUGAUAUCAUUUAUGGAAUAGGACCUUGUUUGGUUAAGUUUAUGCAGAAGGAAAACUUCCAAGGUCCCUAAAGGCUUAUGAAAGUCGGGUAGGGUUCCCCUGAAGAUGAGAUGAUAUGUGAGCUGUUUAUACUUCUUGUAAACCAUAAAAUCAUCAUCCAUUAGUGCUGAGAUCAAGCUAGCAGGGUGUAGUUUCUUUAUUGAAGUGAUGCGACUGUUUGAGACUUCAAUUAUUUAAUCGCUUUCAUCUUCUUAAUGGAGUUUGGAAAGAUUAUUAAUGCCUGUAUUAGCAUCAAAUUCUUAUACCUUGGUAGAGAAUGUACUGGUAUAAUAUUGGGUCUCAAGCAAUCUUGGUUGGAAUAGAUGCCUCUUGAA